UCCAGCAGCACAGCGCGGCAUCGGCCGUACCAUCUCGUCUCCUCCCCUGCUCCUCUCCUCCCUAGGUCACCUUGCCUCGCUGCCUGCCGCCUCCUCCGCUUCAUCCGACGCCGAACAAGGGGGAGGAGAAGAGAAGCCCGUGCGCCAUGUUCAAGAAGUUUUCUUCAGAAGAUAUAUCCGGACAGAAUCAAGUUAAAGCCUCUGUACAGCGAAGGAUUCGGCAAAGUAUCGCUGAUGAGUACCCUAGCCUUGAACCUUUGCUAGAUGACUUGCUCCCAAAGAAGUCACCUAUGAUUGUUGUUAAAUGCCAAAACCAUCUGAAUCUUGUGGUGGUGAAUAAUGUCCCGCUAUUUUUCAACAUCCGUGAUGGUCCUUACAUGCCAACGCUGCGUCUUCUUCACCAAUAUCCUGAAAUCAUGAAAAAGUUCCAAGUGGACAGAGGUGCUAUCAAAUUUGUGCUCUCUGGUGCAAACAUAAUGUGUCCUGGAUUGACGUCACCUGGCGGUGUCUUGGAUGAUGAAGUCGAGGAGGAAACACCAGUGGCUAUAAUGGCUGAAGGCAAACAACACGCACUGGCAAUUGGAUUUACAAAGAUGUCAGCGAAGGACAUAAGGACCAUCAACAAAGGGAUUGGAGUUGAUAAUAUGCACUAUCUAAAUGAUGGCCUAUGGAAGAUGGAAAAGCUCGAAUAAGAAGAAUACAGUGAGCGAUGCUGAACUUACAGUAUGGUCAUAUUGCAAUGUAAGGACCAGUAGAACUAUGUAUCUACACAGCUGGUAUCGUUUGAACAAAUGAAGUAUCCAGAAGCUACAUUUUCCUGAUAGAAGUUGAGUUUACUCCGCCCCUUUUGUGUUGGAAUGUCUGUUGAGACACCUUGAAUGCGGUGUUCAGCGCUUUAAAUGGCAAUACUGGAAUCCUUUGUAUGAUCCUGUCAGCUUAUCAUUAGUCAGUGCGCUUUCACCAAAACAAUUUACAUUGAAUGGAAACAAGAAAAUCCUUAAAGCUCGACAUGAGUAAUUUGAUUUUAGUUUGUAUUUUAUAACUUCUUUUCGUUGACUAACACCUUGAAUGCGGUGUUCAGCGCUUUAAAUGGCAAUACUGGAAUCCUUUGUAUAA